GAAACAUCUUUGUGGAGCUUCGCCUCACUCGUGCCUGUGUUUUUUCUGAUUUUUUUCAUUUUCCCAUUGUUCAGAAUCCGAGUGUCGGGCGGCCGCGUCACGAUGGGAAUGAUCGUGCCACGAGGAAAAAACAGAGAUCCAACGAAACCGAUGGGGGGCCGGAUCAGCUUUCUAUGCUUUAAAAUUAAAGAGCUUCUGGAUCCAGGCAAUACCUCUUCGUCUAUCUCUCUUCUCCAUCUCUCUCCACAUCUACCUUUGACUACCUCAAAUUACUAGCUUGUUUCUUUCUUCGCAUCUUAUAGGAAUAGUUAUAGGAGGAGGGGGAAAUGAUGGGCGACCAAGGCCAAGGCGGAGGAGGGAGUGGUGUUGGACUUGGAGGGGGAUCAUCGCUGGUGAUGAGGGAUUACAGGAAAGGGAACUGGACGGUGAGCGAGACGAUGGUGCUGAUCGAAGCCAAGCGGAUGGACGAGGAGAGGAGAACCAAGAGAGGCGGCGGGAACAAGCCGGCGGAGCUGGAAAAGAUCGGCCAGAUGGUUCAGAUUGAUCGCAAAGUCGCUUCAGCUAACGUCGUGAAAAACUACUUCAUCGGUAAGACGACGAUAAAAAAAAGCAUAAAAAGCUGAUCCGGCCCCCCAUCGGUUUCGUUGGAUCUCUGUAACGCCGGUACUCUGCAUCCGCAGCCUUCAAAAACAGAGCAAGCAGUAGUAUUCCAACCACCAAAACCGGACUCUGUUUUUUCCUCGUGGCACCGAUUCGGAUCAUUCCCAUUGUGACGCGGCCGCCCGACACUCGGAUUCUGAACAAUGGGAAAAUGAAAGAAAUCAGAAAAAACACAGGCACGAGUGAGGCGAAGCUCCACAAAGAUGUUUCACGUACAGGGCGUAGACUGCGGAGUGCGGAGGUAAGUUUUAUUUUUAUUUUUUAAUAGUUGUAAAAUGAGGUGGAAAUUGUAAAUAUUUAUUUUUUUUAUUUUUUUAAUGGUCACGUCACUCAUUUAACGGUCAACUAUAAUAGUUGACUGCCACAUCAGCAAAAACUAACGGAGACUAACGGAGAGUGACCAAACUUUAACCAUUGAACUAAUCUUAGUGACCAUAAAUGGAAUUAAAUAUU